UGGUGGAAGACUGGUUUGCUGAUCAGUAUCAGUUUGCAUUCCUCGGGCUUGGACUUGUGUUCUUUGCAUACUUUAGUGAUCCUCAAAUUUUAGACGAACUGGUUGUUAUCAAACACCUCUAGAAGUUCAUGUAGGAUCUUUGGGAUUGCCUCUGGUGGAGGAAGGACGCCCUCAAGCAUGGGGUAUAUACUAAAGCUACAUGUAAUUGCAGCCAUCGUUGUAAUAGUGAAUGGAGUUCAGACAGUCAGUGUAUCAGACACACCUGCAUGUCAAGAAGAUUCUACUGGAGUGAACUACAGGGGAAACCUAUCUCAGACAAUCAACGGUCAUAAUUGUCAAGCAUGGACCUCUCAGGAUCCCCACCAACACUUUUAUACUCCAGCUGACUUUCCUAACGCGGGACUAGACGACAACUAUUGCAGGAGCCCAGAUAAUGAUGACACUGCUUGGUGUUACACCACCAAUCAUGGGAUAAUAUGGGAGUAUUGUGAUGUAGGUUUCCUCGACCCAAGAUGCAAAGCAUUACAUGACGUAAAUGACGUCUGUCUUCAUAUAACCACGAUGUCAUGUCCUUUGAUCACCUUGGAGAGCGGUGAGACUGUACAAUUGAUCCCGAAACCCAUGCAAUCCGAUCUAGACUGGUUAAUAUCCGACCUCCCAGCAGACCUCCAGAUUCCUGAUGAUGUCCAGCGUUACUAUUGCACCGAACCAGGUAGUAUUUGCAUGCAAAAUCCCCGAAAUGUGUGUAAUUCUGAAAAUGAAAAAGUCUCGUUAAUAUAUGAAGGUCCAUAAUUCCGAUAAUCAAUAUAUUGUUCUACGUCAUUUUCGGAAUUAAGAAUCCAAUUUAAUUUUCGGAAAUAUGAGCCUUGGGAAUUAUAAGCCUUUGGAAUUACAAACCUUCGGAAAAUGACAUGAAGCCGAAAAAUUACGCUACAGCCAAAAAAAAUGCAUUUGUUUCAAUUCAUAUUUAUAUGGCACUGAAAAAGAACCAUGUUAUUAUGACAUUGAUCACAACUUGUUGAUUACACUAUUACCGUGACCAGGCAUUAUAUAAUUAUACAAAUGUCAUUCAUUCAAUAUAAUUACAAUUUUAUGUUCAAUAAUAGGCGGUGUCGUGAUAAUUAUAGUGGUUAAUU